GGGCCUGCCGAGCCAAGCCUUCGAGUACAUACUGUAUAACAAGGGGCUCAUGGGGGAGGACUCCUACCCGUACCGGGCCGAGAACGGCACGUGCAAGUUCCAGGCGGAGAAGGCUAUUGCGUUUGUCAAGGACGUUAUCAAUAUCACGCAGUAUGACGAGGAUGGCAUGGUGGAAGCUGUGGGGACGCGCAACCCGGUGAGCUUCGCGUUUGAGGUGACGAGUAACUUCAUGCACUACCGAAGAGGAGUCUAUGCGAACCCACGCUGCGAGCACACUCCGGACAAGGUGAACCAUGCUGUCCUCGCCGUGGGGUAUGGGGAAGAAAAUGGAACUCCUUACUGGAUUGUGAAGAACUCCUGGGGCCCGCUGUGGGGCAUGGAUGGGUACUUCCUUAUUGAACGUGGCAAGAAUAUGUGCGGUCUGGCUGCUUGUGCAUCUUACCCGGUUCCUCAG